ACAAUUUGUUUUAUCCGCCAGACUACUGUAUCCCAUCGCACAUUCAUCGGUAGUUGCCGUGCGAUGGCAAGCCAAAGGGUACAGUACGCGUCGUCUAGUGUUUCCCGUACAAAAGCCUUACAGGCGCGACCCAUCUUAAACGACGCAGAGCUCGGCAUCGGAAUUUGGCAGAAAAAGACGGCUUUCUCAGACCAAAGACCAAUAACUCCAUCUAGGCAGCUACCUGACGGUCGACAGACACCCAUAAGCAUCAGCAGUCAAUCCUCAGGUCCUCCGACACCAAUCUCCGUCUCAUCUUCUUCACCGUCUCCGCUUGUGAAUAGGCCUCGAGCUGUGCCCCGGUUUAACUCAUCUAUCGCUCGCACCGCUUUCACAUCUCCAAGAGCAAGCCUUGGCCGGAAGACUCCUUCGACCGAGAACAGUAAACCGCUUCAUCCGUUCUUUUUAAACAAUAGGAGGACCAAUAUCCCUACACCGACCAAGCCACGACGCGUAGCCAAUUACACCAGUACUGAAGCGGAGAGCUCAAGCAGCCAGCAAACUUCAAGCAGUCAAAGUACAUCAGAAUCCGUAUCUUCAAGUCAACGAAAUCAACUCGCCGAAGAAGAAGAUAUUAUCAAGCUUACGCAAAGUGUCGAGAAGAUGAGAGUCGCUCCAUCACCUAAAACCCAGCCACCAGGUCCAAACACAAGCAGGUUGUUCGUGCGUCGACCUCUUGUCAAGGCAGAAAGUGUACCCGAGCGCCAAUUGACAUUUGGGCGACUGCCGGUCAAUGGCAACAAAUCAAGUCUAGUUGAUGAGCCAGCCGCCAUUCCUUUAGUACCAGAUAACCAUGAGCCGGAGGCUCCACCUGUUUAUGUGUUCAAUCUUCCCGAUAAUCCGGAUCCCUCGUUACCACUCUUCGACUACAAGACUUACCCUCGACCUCCUAUGGUGGUGUACACCCGGUCAAUGUCGGAAGCGGAAGAUCUGGUUGCUUGUCUGAAAGGACCCAUUUUAGGAUUCGAUCUGGAAUGGGCAACGUCGUAUAACAAGGUGUGGGAUGCGAGCACAGGGAGGUACGAUUUCCAGCAGUACCCCACUGCUUUGGUGCAAUUAUGUGAUGAGAAGAUGAUCGUCCUGAUACAUCUUCAAGAUAAAAUGGACCUUCCGGCAAAGGUCGCUGAACUUGUACGUGACCCUAAAAUCUAUAAACUCGGCGUCCAAUCUAUGGGUGACGGCCGGAAACUCGUCCGCGAUUUUCCCCAUCACUUCCGACAAGGUGGACCCGCCGGGCUGUAUGAACUAUCUCGGAUGGCGCACGCUAUAGAUCCACAAAGAGCUGGCCAUGGAUCAAGGUUGAUCAAACUUGCGACGCUUUGUAGAGCGUAUCUGGGGAAGGAGUUGGAUAAGGAUACGAAAAUUAGAAGGGGCGAUUGGGCAGGAGAGCUGAAUGAGGUGCAGAAAGCGUACGCCGCCAACGACGUUUUUGUCUCUAUACAAAUAUUCAACGCCCUCAGAAAGCUCGCCGAAGAGAGGAACGUCCCUCUUGACUUUGAUAGUUGGUCAUCCUCUGUCAUAUGUCAGCCUGAAAGAAUAGCUCCAUUAGCCACUUCUGUGACGAUGGCAGCAGCUACUGGAGAGAGCGUAUCUGUCAAUAGAGUUUUGAAACCGGCUGUUACCAUGCCCUGUGGGUUACCGUCACAAGCUAUGGAGCCAGGGAGGAUAUCAAAUCAAAGGCAGAGUAGCCAAUCGCAGGCUCAGCCGCCGGUUGCUCUUCAAACGGCGACGACAGCAAAUCAUGCUCAAAGCCAAUCCCAAGCACGACCUGAUGCUCAAGCUGUGGUUCAGUCACAAAAUCAGCCCCAGUCACAACAACCUACGACACAGCUACAAUCCACGUGCGCGUCACCCAAUGUUGGGAGACAUGUCCAAAUCACAGGGCCUGAAUAUUCUAAUCAAAAACCCGUAUCUGUUAAACAAGCCGUAACUGCGCCACUUACUCAGUUGUCAUGCCCAGCUUUAUCUCAGCUUCCGUCCACAGCCUCCACACCAACCCAAGCGCCUGCUCAAAAUCAACCCUUGCCCCACGCUCAGCCUUCGACCCGUAUCAUUCAUUCCAACAUCCGUCCCUGUGCAAACAUAACUGGCAAUGCUCAUCCCUUUUUGUACGGCGCUGACGAAGAAGACGAUGAAUUCGAAUCCUAUGACUCUACUUAUGGGUCCGUGGGUUCCUUCCAAAUGGGAUCUUCUAAUGCUGCCAGAGAGAGAGCGAGGCAGAUGGGGCAAAGAACGCCAGCGCAGAUACUAUCAGCCAUGGGUCCGGGUCCGUCGAGGUCAAAAAGUCGGACGAGCACAGGUUCAAAUUCUAGCUCGUGGGGAAGAAGCAAGGAUGGUGGAGCUAGAAACGGGGGAAGCGUUGUCCUUCGAGGGAAGGUGAUAUAUACCCCAUCUGGAGUGAAACCUCCUCCGCUAGCAAAGAUGAAAUCGCUCACCGCGUUUUUGGAGGGAAAGACGUUUGAGCGGAUUGCGGUAGAGAAAAGUAUUAAGCUUAACACUUGCCAGGGCUAUGUCAUCGAGGCAAUAUCUACGCUUGGGACUAAACACUUUGAAAAUGCAGCACUCGAGAGAAUGUGGCAAUUGGCCACACCUGAUAUUUGGAUUUUUCACAGCAGCCAGCAACUAAUGCAAGAGAUGAUACAGAUGUUUGGGGAGCAUCCACGGAAAGAGGAGAUUGAGAGAUUGGCAAAAGAAAGGGAGGUGAAAUUGAAGGAAUCGGGUCGAUGGAGAGAAAGCGGUGCCAUGAGUUCCUCUCAUCCUUGAUAGAAUAUCUAUUAGAUAUUCAAAAGUUGAUUAAAGCUGCUUACUACGACAGUUGUAUAUUUACAUAUUUACUUGGGAACCAUUUGAAAUAAUGGCUGUGUAUUACUGUCUACCAUAACAGAUUGCAUUUUCUAGACCAAGG